AUGCCUCCUGCAGCCGUUGCUGGCUUUGUCUCCGAUGGGGCCUUGUCCCUUGAGCAAGACCACCAGACCAAUGGAGUCGCGAAUGGCGUCCCAAAUGGCGUCGGAAAGCAUGUAACAGUGCCACAAACAAAUACCGCCGCCGACAAUGGCGAGGCUCAGACGGCGACAGACAGGAAGAGCGAGAUUGCAAUUCCUCUCAACAACCAGCCGAGCUACAAGCCUCGUAAGCUACGCGUGAUCACAAUUGGCGCUGGCUUUUCAGGCUUGACUCUGGCGCAUAAGCUCCGAUACCAACAUCCUGAGAUGCAAGAUAUCGUGGAGAACGUCAUCUUCGAGGCGAGAGGCGAUAUCGGAGGAACAUGGCUGGUCAACACGUAUCCCGGUGUCCAGUGUGACGUGGCUGCUCAUCUCUACGCUUUCCCCUUUGACCCGAAUCCACGAUGGAGCAGGUUUUAUGCCAGCGGGGCGGAGAUCUUCGAAUACAUCUCCCGCACAGUGCGAAAGUGGAACCUUGAUCGAGAUAUCCAGUUGAACACCAAGGUCGUGGGGGCGUACUGGCAGGAAGAUACUGGGACGUGGAAAGUGGUUGUCGAACACAACGGUGUCCAACGCGAAGAAUACGCCGACAUCUUGGUGUCCGGUCAAGGAUUCCUCAAUCUCUGGAAAUGGCCCGAAAUCGAAGGUCUCCAUUCUUUCAAAGGGAAACUGGUCCAUUCAGCCGAAUGGGACCACGACUACGACUACUCGAAUAAGCGCAUCGCCCUCAUCGGUAACGGUUCAUCUGGCAUCCAGAUCCUCCCAUCCCUCGCAAAGACCGAGGGCACCGACGUGACAAGCUUCCAGCGCGGACCUACGUGGGUCAUCUCGCGUAUGUCCCCGUCGAUGCUCCUCGGCCGAAACGAAACAGACCCCAACCCAGUAUACACGGAGGAGCAAAAGAGACAGUUUGAGACAGAUCCAGUUUACCACAACAAAUACAGAAAAGAACUCAUCCACCGUAUUAAUAAAGCCUUUAGAUUAUUCGUGAGGGAUUCAGCAGAGAACCUUGACGCCACCAAGUUCGCGAUUAAACAAAUGUCGGAGAAGCUGCAAUACAACAAGGAACUGUGCGAGAAGCUCAUCCCCAAGUGGGAAUUGGGCUGCCGGCGGGUGACGCCUGGAGAAGGCUAUCUCGAGUCCUUCCUCCUGCCCAACGUCCAUCUCAACAUGAACCCAAUCACCAAGAUCACGGAAAAUGCCGUGCACACGGCUGAUGGCCAGUCGCUGGAGGUCAAUGUCGUCGUCUGCGCCACUGGGUUUGACGUUUCCCAUUGCCCACACUACCCGAUCAUCGGGCAGAACCAGACCAGUCUGGCAGAAAAAUGGGCUGACGAACCCGAGUCGUACCUGUCCGUCGGCUGUCCCGAAUUUCCCAACUACUUCAUCUUCACCGGCCCCAACGCCGUCGUUGGUCACGGUUCAUUAGUCGAAGGUCUCGGCUGGGUAGCCGAGUAUAUGAUCAAAUGGAUGAAGAAGAUCGCGACCGAAGACAUCAAGUCCGUCGUCCCCAAACAAGAAGUCGUCGACGAGUUCGUCACCUACGGGGACCGCAUCCACAAGACCUUGACCUGGACCGGUGCCUGCCGGAGUUGGUACAAGAAGAACCGCGUUGACGGUCGCGUGACGGCCACGUUCCCCGGAAGUGCGCUGCUCUUCAAGAGACUCAUCAGCGACCUGCGCGCCGAGGACUUCGAUAUCAAGUACCGAAGCCCCAACCGCUUCAAGUUCAUGGGCAAUGGAUUCACGGAGUACGAGUUGGACGACAAUAACGAUUUGGCCUGGUAUGUGGAGAAGUAG